GUCUUUGUUGGAGGACAUAUGACAUCUCUACAAAUAGACGCAUAACUUACUUUUAUCAAAGUUUUAUCUAUUUGUGCAAUGAUUGCUGUAUUUACUCUUGUGGGCCAUCUGGCUUCAUUCGUUCUUAAUUGUUGUUAUAAUUUGUGAGGUUACGUUAUAAUGUUGUUAGUCGUGUUAUUAAAUAAAUUGUGUUGUUAAUAUUAUUGUUUAAAUGGAGCUGGAUACGUAUGAUAAAAUAGACAAUGAUGUUGUGAUAAGAAUAAAGAAUCUGAAGGUUUGGACACCCGAAGAAAAAUCUUGGUGGAGAAGAAAACCGACCAAGUGUAAAACUGUAAUACUCAAUAAUGUUUCAGGAUGUUUACGACGAAACGAAUUCGCAGCUAUUAUUGGACCGAGUGGAGCAGGAAAAACGACGUUCCUGGUUUCUCUAGCAGGGAAAUGUACCCUGCCAUCAGAGGGAUCAGUUACCCUGGGCAGCAGAAAUGUCAAGGACUGCCAAGGAGCGGUGGAAAUAGUACCGCAACACGAGGUGUUCAUGGAUGGACUGAGCGUCAUAGAACAUUUGGUGUUUAUGACAGAAAUUAAACUGGGCAGCUGUAGAGACCUGAGGAAUCGCACCAUGUUGGACAGUUUGAUGGAGGAGUUCCAGCUGAGGGUCCAUAAAGAUACUCCUAUAGGUGCGCUGUCAGGAGGAGAGAAACGGCUACUGUCACUGGCUACUACGCUACUCUCAAACCCACAAAUCCUGAUCUGCGAUGAGCCUACAACUGGGCUGGACAGUUACAAUGCUCUCCUGGUCAUCGGAGUGUUGAAAAAGCUGUCAGCAGCCGGCAGGGUGGUGAUCUGUUCCGUGCAUCAACCCUCAUGCGACCUGUUCAAGGAGUUCAACACUGUGCUGCUGAUGGCUGAAGGAAGAUUGCUCUUCCAUGGAGCUAAGGAUGAGUGUAUGGAUACUUUUCAAAGCAUAGGUCUAAACUGCCCAACAAAUUACAACCCAGCAGAGUUUUACAUAAGAGCGGUAUCUAAAUCGAACACCAAUAUCCAAAAACUUGUGGAAAUUUCCGAAAACCGGUUGGAGGUUGACGGAACUGGUCCGAUCCGGCCCGAUCCGGUAUCCAGCUACAAUAAAACCGUGCAACGCAAUUGGUUCAAGCAAGUAUAUCUAUUGCUAUGGAGACAAUCUUUAUCGCUGAAGAGAAAUGCCAGGAAUCAUCUCAUACAGUUGUUUGUAUCUGUGAUAAUAACAUCGCUGGUCCUGACAGUAUCAUACGUGGGAGCCUCAGGAACAACUCAGAAUGGCGUCCAGGACAUCAGAGGCUUCCUCUGGCUAAUCACCAGCGAGGUCGCCUUCGGAGUGUCGUAUAGCGCCCUCUACGCCUUCGAAUAUGAAAUCACCUUGUUUAAAAGAGAAGUCGGGAUGUAUAAGUGUUCGGCUUAUUUUGUGUCUAGGUUUUUGAGUUUUAUUCCUCGCUGCAUAAUAUGGCCUAUCGCUUUGGUAUCGGUCUCGACAUUAGCAGUUGAACUUCCUAACCAUGUUCUGACUGCACUUCAAUUCUGCGCCACUUUGAUUCUUGGAGCCAUACCAUCGGUGGCCUAUGGCCUUGGCAUGGCAGCCCUCUUCACAUCCACAGGUAUAAUGGGUGAUGUGAUGCCGUGCAUCGACCUGCCUUUGUUCCUCAUGUCAGGUGCCUUCCUGAGGAUAUCAUCGCUUCCAACCUGGAUGUACCCGGUCAAAUAUAUCUCGCAUUUCUUCUACGCUAUGGAUGCGGUCAGCAAUAUUUAUUGGAGGCAGAUUGAACAUAUAGAUUGCCCUUUAAAUGAAACAUCAACAUGCGUCAAGGAUGGCGCAGCAGUGCUAAUGGAGAAUGGGUAUGCUGGUGACUUCAUCCUCCAAGACUCUUUAGGUUUCCUACUAAUUACUGUGCUUUGGUGUGUCUUGGGAUAUCUCGGGUUAAAGAGAGAGGAAAAGAAAGGCUAUGCUUAUUAGAAUAAGGUUUAAUUUAUAAUAAAUAAGUCUGUUGAUA